GGUAUAGAGCUAAUACUUAACUCUAUUUUAUCUCAAUUGGUUAUAUCAUAACAUUCAUGUUUUUACAUGUGGAGCUUCAAACCCGAGUAUUCAAUACACAAAACUGUCCGGGUAUUUGAAUUGUCGACCUACUUUGAUAUAUAAUCCCCUUGGAGGGUGCUUUAUAAACAUUUCUAACCGAUUAGACACUCUUUUGUACCUAAAACUAAAGAAAGAGAUUUAAAGCGCAGAGUGGAAGGACACCUUAAAACGAAGCCGCUGAAAAAAAAAACCUUGGUACAUGAGAGUGCAUUUUGUGUUAUCUAUAAGGGGAACUUUAAAUGUUCAGAAAUCAGAGGGGUAUUUCCAACAUCGACAAAAAUUUGACAGAAGGAGAAUAAAGAGUCCACUGUGUUAAAAACUCGUAAAUCUUCGCCAUAAGGAAUUAAUUAUUAUGUAACUUCCUUGUUCUGUGUAUAAAAAAAUGUUCCGUAUAAUUCUCAAGUUGCGCCCUCUUGAAAGAUCUCAAGAUAAACCAUAGAUGAGGCUUUAUACGGAUUUCGUUGUGUCAUUUUAAAGCUAUGGAGUGUGUGGUUUGUCGAGCUUCAUCAAGGGAUUUUGUCGUCCCUGGCCUUCCUUCAUUGACUUAAUGUCAACAUGACCAGUCACGCAUGUUGGAAUAAAAAGUUCCAGUAGAAAAGGAAAAUGGAAUUAAACACAUCAACGGUUAAUUUUUCAAUUAUUUUGGAAAAUUCUUCCCAUCCGGAUCCAUAUAUACUUUUAAAGGAAUUAAAUGACAAAGCGGCUUUGCGUUAUUUACCUGUGAUAAUUUUUCUGUUCGUGUUAAUGAUCUGUGGAAUAAUUGGCAAUAUUCUAGUGUGUAUUGUAUAUCUCAGAAAGAAAACGAAACUGUCUCCGGAUUACUUUAUUCUCACUCUAGCUUUCCUGGAUCUCUUGACCUGUAUUAUUGGAAUUCCGGUGGAAAUAGCAGAUUUACGCUAUCCGUACAUGUUCUAUGCCCCCGCGGCAUGUAAACUCUUACGAACCAUAGAAUCUCUCUCGGCCAUGGGGUCAGCCCUGACCCUAGUGGCGAUAUCCAUAGACAGAUAUAAACGUAUCUGCAGACUGGGGCAGCACUUCAAUAACUCUACCGUGAAGAAAUUAUGUGUCGGUGCAAUAGUGAUGGGGGCGGUCAUUGGAUGGCCCGCGGCGGUCGUGUUCGGGAGGAAAACUGUAUACGUCGGACUUUCCAAAAUUGAAGGCGAGGACUGCUCGACCGCGGACGAAAUGAGAGACACGAUAUACCCCCUGCUUUACUAUAGUGCAAUAAUGUUGUGUUUUGUCGUCUCUGUCAUAUUUGUGAUUUUUGUUUAUGUCCGAAUCUCAAUUUUUAUUCGAAAAGGAAUUUCUUUACGGAAAAACCGAGCGAGUGAAACUGUAUCGACCUAUUCCAUGCAUGUUCAUUUUAUAAAUGACGAGAAUACGAGUGGGUCGUCGCCUAGUCAAGCUCACCCCAUGUUAGAUGCCACGCCCAAAAAUCGUAAACGACUAGUCAACAGUUUGAGAGUCACAAGAACGACUACCAUCUUUGUUGCUGUGACGGUGGCUUUUAUUUUGAGUUAUCUCCCGUUUCUCGUUAUUAUGAUCAUUCGCCAUGCGAAGAAGGAUUUAGAAGAGUCGCUUUCUGAUGAUGCAGAAGUCGUGUACAAAUUCUUUUCGAAAUCUUAUUUCGUUAAUAAUGCAAUUAAUCCUCUAAUUUAUAGCUUUCUGAACAAGAGAUUCCGAACUGAUGUCAAAAAACUAUUUAGCUGUAACAGAUGACUUACUUUUAAAUGCUUUCAGU